UGACUCUUAAUAGUGUGCUUAUGGUUUCAUGUAUGUUGUGUUUUAAUAUUCCAGCAUCACAAUGCCAGUGACACAGGGAGCACUUGCCUAUAUUGUUUUUCCAUUGUUUUUCACGAGCAUAUUCUAUGUGUUAUUUGAAAGUAACUACUAACUACAGCUGUCAGCUAAAUAUAGUGAGUAAGAAGCACAAUAUGUCAGGAUUCAGAAGGGCUCAAAUAAUGAGUCUCAUACUGCAUGGACUUUUAUGGUAUAACUAUGCAAGUUUAUAGUAAUCUUCAGGCACAUGUUACAUUUGGAUGUCCCGUUGUAUCACUAUAGUAUUUCACUUUAGCUAAAUUGUUGUCUGAUGUGACUAAAAUAAUGAUGAAUAAUUUUAAAUAAUUUUCUUGUUAUACCCCACUCAUUCAGCACGUUGCUACAUGGAUUCUAAUAUUCAUAUCUUUUCAAAUGCUUUUCCCUUUAAAGCCAGACUCAGCUGCUGAAAGUGAGCAUCGUUGGUAUUGUUGCAUCUCUUCCUUCCUUCCUUUCUUCCUUCCUCCCUUCCCCUCCCUUCACGCAUCCAUCUUUCCGUCCAACCCCUCUCCUCUCCACACACGCACACGGCACACCGAUUUGCGCAUCGCCUCCUCCGGCAUAAUGACCAACGAUUCUCCGGAGGAGGAGACCCGAACUCCGGGCGGCGGCGGAGGAGGAGGAGGAGGUGGCAAAGGAAUCGCACGAAGAAACCGAGCGGACGACAAUGUCACCAUCCUGACAUCCUCCAUGGAUUUUCACCGUGCCAGCCGUAGCCGAGCCAGCAGCAGCAACGAUGCCGCCCCGAGCCUCACGUCCUCCGUGGAUCUGAGCACCUCCUCCCUGGAACUGAGCAUCCAGACGCGGAUCUUUAAGAUCAUCGUCAUCGGGGACUCCAAUGUGGGGAAGACCUGCCUCACCUUCCGCUUCACCGGAGGGAGCUUUCCCGACAAGACUGAGGCCACCAUCGGCGUAGAUUUCAGGGAGAAGGCGGUGGAGAUUGAAGGAGAGACUAUCAAGGUGCAGGUAUGGGACACAGCAGGCCAGGAGCGCUUUCGUAAAUCCAUGGUGGAGCACUACUACCGCAAUGUCCACGCAGUAGUCUUUGUGUAUGACGUUACCAAGAUGACCUCCUUCCGCAACCUACAGACAUGGAUAGAGGAGUGUAAUGGCCAUCGUGUCUCAGCCUCAGUACCUCGAGUGCUGGUUGGAAACAAGUGUGACCUUGUGGACCAAAUACAGGUGCCCUCCAACAUGGCACUGAAGUUUGCUGAUGCUCACAACAUGCUGCUAUUUGAGACGUCGGCCAAGGACCCGAGGGAGAGUCAGAACGUCAACUCUAUCUUCAUGUCAUUGGCCUGCCGCCUGAAGGCCCAGAAAUCUCUGCUCUACAGAGACGUGGAGAGGGAGGAUGGGAGAGUCCGACUCACACAAGAGACUGAAACAAAGAGUAAUUGUCCUUGUUGAGGACAAGGGGGAGUGGGAGGCAUAAUGGAGGGGAAGAGAGAAGAGUAACUGUACACAUCAAGGAAGAGGAGGUGAGGGAUGAUGGGAGAAUGAGACCAAAACAAGAGUCUUUUACAUUAAGUGCAACUUCUCUGGUUAGGAGGAAAAUUGGUGGGUGAAGCUGACACUAAGAGCAAUGUGUUUGAAGGAAGAGGAGGAUAGGGAGGAAGCGGUGACACUCGUGCAAAGGACUGAAACAUCAUCAAUAUUGUUAUUCUUGAGGAUGAGGACUGAGAGGAGCAGCGAUGGUGAAGAUAGAGAGAAAAGGGGAUUUGGAAGUGGCACAUUUAUUAACAAUUGAGAAAUUAGACAAUGUUGCCUUUUAGACUACAGUACAGUGUAGAACUUCAUCCAUUUAUUCAAACACAGACAGAAACUGAGUAAAUAUACUUUCUGUGCUCCAAGCCAAACACAAUACUAUUAACACAGGAGUCAUCUGGGAAUCCACAGCCAAACGUUCUUGAUGCAAGACUGUCUUUCCAUAAACCAUCCCUGGUUCAGUGUUGAUCAGCCAGCCAAAGCAACAUUAAAAGGCACCAUAUUAGAACUCUUAAAUCACAAUCCUAUUUUAGCUGCCUUGUCCUUAUUGAUUUUCAUCUGGAGCCUAGCUGAAAACAGCAUUUUCCAACCUUUUUCUACUGCCUUAAAAAGCUGCCUAUGUUUUGGUUUGAUGAAAUCAGGCAAGUUGUAACUACUUGAGAUGAUCUUAUUCUAUACAACCAAACAUACAUUCUGCAGCCUCUUGCGUGAAAAUAUCCCCUAUUUUAGAGGAUGAAUGAGACUAGAGUUUUGAUGUACCUGAUCUCUAUCUAGGUCAGUCUUUUACAAGUAGGACAUCUAGAUUUAAAAUCACUGUGACAUCAUAAAUGCACUGGAAAGAUGAGAAAAUGCAUCUUAGGCAAAGUUAAUGUGGACAAAAGAACUUCUGCAGGAAGACCUUGACAGCAAGGUUUCCUGAAACAGACCAGCUGUCGGCAGCAUGUCACAUAUCGAUUCAGAGGCUGCAAGAUCCUCUUACCCUUACACAGGAGAAAUGCAUCCUCCUACAAAGAAGGGUCAUCACUGCAAGACUCUUUUUUCUCAUCUAUGCCUGUUGUAAACAAAUUCCCUUCAUGCUUAACCUCUGAGGCUUAUCCAGCCUUCCCUUUGUGUGCAAAUGCAGAGACAGCCAGUCUUUGCCAUAUGUGACUUCAAGUAACAGUAAUUCACACAGUAAUUCUGUAUUCUGUAAUGAAUGUUCUUCAGGUAAAGAGCUUCUGUCUAAUGAUGUGCUCUCUACAUCAAUAUCACUGCCUCCAGUCUCAGAGAGGGCAGGAAAGCUGAUAGAAAACUGUGACACCUAAUGGAUAGAUAUAUUGAUAUACAGCCUGGAUGAGCGCUAUGAGUGGACUUAAGUCUGGUGUGUGUAUAAAGGAAUAAGUCCAGGAGUAUCUGAGCCAUGGAUGACAUAGGCUGCAUGAAACGCUGUAGAAAGCCAUAUUCAUUAUUUACCAUAGACAGAGAUACAGUAUGCUUUACAGUGAGAGAGCUCCCCGGUGGGUUGUAGGUACAAGAACACACUGUACAUAACUCAUUGUUGAAGCUAUGAAGUCUUUGUAAUAUGGCAUUGACCUGCAAGCUCACUGUGAUACAGUCAACUUGAUAGCGCAGCACAUUCACCAUAUCCCACCCAAUUUUAACACCGUAGCCUACUUUUUAGCAAUGUUAUAAAUGUAUAUGGAUGCCAGAUGUGAAAACAAAUAAGAUCAGUGAGCAUUUUCAGGCUAGUGUUCCCUCUGACUGUCUUAUGACCUAAUUAAUUAAUCCCAUUAAGCAAUUUAGAACACUGUGUACAUCCAAGUGAAAUCCAUAGAGUUAUUGUCUGAGAUGUAUCAGGUUUUUGUGAUGUUUAUUCAAAAUUUUCCUCCUUUGUGCGUCUUCUAUCAGUAGCAGCAGGAUCAAGCAGUCAUUACAGGUGAAUAAAGUUACAUUACCUUUAAAAAAAAACAGGAAGAGGUGUAUUCAUUCUCACUGUACAUAUGGAGAAAUCUGUGACAUGCAACCCAGAACCAUAAGCCAUACCAAAAUCCUGCCAAAAGAGUACAAAAACUGGCAUAACAUCCAUUCAUCUAAUUUCUAAACCAGUCUAUUCUCUCCAGGGUUCUAAUAUGUGAGAGGGGUACACCCCACAAAUUUCUAUCUUUGGCUCUGAUUACCUUUAGAUUAGCAUAACUUGGCUAAUUAAGUUAUUGUAAUACAUAUGAAAAGACUAUACUUGCCUAACACAAAGAAAAACAUGUUGUCCCUGCAUUUCCUUCAUAAACAUACCAGAUCUCAAUAACAUUUGACAUGGUUUCAAAUGACUAGAAAAGAAAAUGGGAGAUAUAAUCAAGUUAGCCAUGUUAUUAGUAGUUACUGCAUUAAGCUAUGAAUUUCACUUAUUAUAUUAAGCUUUCUCUUAACUUUCUUUUCCAAACAUUUGAAAUCAUAACCAAAAUGUACUUCAUCCAGGUCUAAAAGUUAAGAAUACAACUGUACAGUAUGUUUGCUUGCCUUCCCUUUUCCUGUACAUAAACAUAUAUGUUUUACUUGUUAUAUUUUGCUGUUUUUGCAGUUGAUUUGUGACUUUUUAAUAACUCAUAUUUGCUCCUAAAGGGAUGCCUUGACAUUUUGAAAUUUAGUCUGGUGUUUUUUUCUGUAUCUGUAAAAAGAACAGUAACAGUGCAACAGUAACAG